CCCUAAUCCCAAUUUUCACUUCAUCAAUUCAUUGAGAUCUCUCUCUCUCUCUAUUCUCUAAGAAUGCGUUGCGCUACAAAUCCAAUAUACCGGUUUCCCAAACCAGGGAGAAAUUGGUUGGAUCUUCCCUACGAAUUGACAGUGGAAAUCAUGUCGAAGGUAGGUGCGUUUGACAUCUUCGCCAAUGGCGUCGAAGAAGUGUGCACUCUUUGGCAUAGGGCUUGCAACGAUCCGUACACGUGGCGGACUAUACAUAUCGGCAGCUACUUAGGGCGCGGCGGCCCCUUCAAACGGAAGUUGGUUAUGAUGCGCAUAUUCGACGACAGUUUUCGCCGUGCAAUUCGCCGCAGCUGCGGCCAGGUGGUCGAUUUAAGUCUCCAAUAUAUUUUCCUUGUUGAUAUGGGAUGUAGUCUGCAACAACUACGACGGCUACAACUUGUCAACUGCGAUAAUACAAAAAUAUUGAUUAAGAUGGCUAAAGGAUUUCCUUUGUUAGAAGAACUUGAUAUCACUCUGUGCGAUAUAUAUAAAACUAGUGUUACUUUAAAAGUCAUAGGCCAACGUUGUCGUCGUUUAAAUUCAUUGAAAUUUAACAUGAGUGGUUCUAAAGGUAACCAAGACGCAUAUGCUAUUGCACAAAAUAUGCCAAACUUAAGGUAUCUAAAACUAUGCAGGAACAAUUUGGAUAAUAAUGGCUUGAGUGCAAUUUUUAGUGGUUGUCCUAAUCUUGAAUAUAUAGAUUUAGGAUGGUGUUCCAAUGUUGAUUUGGAUGGGAGCUGGUUGGGGCAAGAAUAUGCUGACAAAAUUGUGGAUUUAAGAUAUUUGCAUGCAUCCAUGGAGGACUACUGGAAAAUGUAUGAUAGAGGUUCACAUACUUGCCUAAUGGACUAUUAUUACGAUAUGCAAUUUGGUGAACCUUGGGAUGAAAGAGGGAUUCUUAUUGAUGAAAUUGAAGAUUUAAUACUUGUAUCUGAAGAUGAAUUAAAAUUAGAAUGGAAAGAGGAAGUAGAUGGCAUAUGUGAAAUUGCAAUACUUCAAAGAUGGCAUAGGUCAAGGAAUGUUAAUAGUUUCAAGGAGUUUAGAAGAUACUGUCAAGAAACCAAGAACACGAAAUCAUCCAAUGGCAAGAAACAUGGAAGAAGGGCUUGGAAGAUUAACUAUAAGAGUCUAUAUCUUUAGUCUAAGGAAUCCAUUUUUUUUUAUCUUUAAUCUGGUCACUACCUUGUUCUUCCAAUUACUGAAAUCUGAAUAUCAAAUUAAAGGAAGAACAAAGAAUGCAGAUCUUGGUCUCCAGCACCUGCUCCUCUUGAUCUCUGUUUUUCUCCCUUUUCCAAUCUCACUUUCUUUUCCUGUUUCUGAAUCUUGCUUUCUUUCUAUGUUUCUUUUAAUUGGAAAACAAAGAUAAAUAAAUUGUUUUUUUU